AAACUUUACCUGGACCUGAAUGUUAUAGUCUAUGUCAAUAUUUCAACCACGAUUUCACUAGAUGUCUUCAGUUAAUGAUUAUUUGAAAGCAUUCUGAUCCGUCAUUUAAAAUGCAUCUAGCACUUCUCCUGCUGCUGGUGAUCUCUGCACAGAGGUGCAUUGGACAGAACUGUUCAGCAGCAUAUAACAGACUUCCAGAUAAUAGUGAUAUUUCAACUGUUUGUGGAACCCAAGAGAUUCAAUUGUCAAUAAAGGCUUGUCCAAUUUGGUAUGCCCAAUUUGACCCAGCAAUCUUGGCUCUCAGUGGUAAACAGAACAUCUCUACAUGCCUGGGAACCUUGGAUACCUCAGGAGAAACUCCACUUUUAAGGUUUACUCUUCCUAUAAAUGACACCAGUGGAAAUGUAUGUGGCAACACAUUUACAAUUAUAGAACAACCAGGUAGCGGCGAAUUCAGCUCUUAUUCACUCGUCCAAACAGUGAUAAUAUCUGGAUUUGUGGAUUCUACAUUGAACAUGGAUUCUGGGGUUGUGUCAUUUGCCACAAAUGUCCACUAUAACUUUUCCUGCUACUACCCUCUCCUGUACUUGCUAAAUAACACCCAGCUUUUGACAUCCUUUGGAGCAGUAGCAGUGAACAGCAACAAUGGCAGUUUCAUCAGCACCUUGAGCAUGAAGCUUUUCCAAGAUCAAGGAUUGUCAACCCCCAUGCUGCUAAAUGGGACAGUUUACAAUUUAAAUCAGAAAAUAUACGUUCAAGUCUUUCUCAAUAACCCAUCAACAAGUUUCAAUGUAAUGCUGGAUCAGUGUUUUGCUACACCAUCACCUCUGCCAACAGAUGUAACUGUUUUACCAAGUGAAAGAUACAACUUCUUUACAGGUUGCAACGUGUCAAGCAGGACAAACGUUACUGCCAAUGGAAUAGGAAAAGCUGCCAUUUUCAACUUUGACACUUUCCGCUUCAUGCAGCACAGUGGGCAGAAAUCAUCAUCCAUAUAUGUGCACUGUGUUACAAAGUUGUGCAAGCCAGAAAAAUGUCAGGUGUAUCUUUCUAUAUGCUCAGGGGCAAGAAGAAAACGAGAUGCUCCUUUAAGUGAUAGUACAACUGACCCAGUGACAGUGUCUUCAGGACCCAUCCAAAUAGAAGACAGAAGAGAGGAUACUCUUGUAGAAGCAAUUCCAGAAGUAAAUCAGCUCUCAGACACCUCGAAUGGACUCAUCAUUGGAAUUAUCAUUGCUGUUGUCAUUGUAGCAUGUCUUGCCUGCUGCAUUAGAAUCCUGUGUAAAGUGUACCGCCUCAAAGCUUUUCAGCACAAGUGACUCGCUUUCCAUGCAUGCGAAUGUUUGUAUAGUGCUUAGAAUUUAACUGACUUAGGUACUUAUCAUUUUAAUUGAGUUUAGGGCAAAUUUGUUUUGUGACAAUAAUAACAGUUGUUAUUAACAAUUAUGAUCAAAGUAGGGAUGCAGCGAAUCCAGGAUUCGUUUUGGGAUUCGGCCAAGAUUUGGCCUUUUUUAGCAGGAUUCGGAUCCAAUCCAUGUCUCUGGCCAAACAAAUCCUUAAAAUCAUGUGAUUUUUUUGUCAUACAAACACAAAAGUUGAAAAUAUUUUGCUACACGCUGCGCAAGCGGUUCUCCUUAACCCUUCCUUAUCCUAAUAUGCAUAUGCAAAUUCAGAUUUGGUAUUCGGCCAAAUCUUUCACGAAGGAUUUGGGGUACGGUCGAAUCCCAAAAUAGUGGAUUCAGUGCAUCCGUAGAUCAAAUGCUACCCGCCUGUAUAGCAGUUAGCAGUUUUAUACACCCUGUUUUAACAGUUUUACUAACCUGUGCUUAAAGACAUAUCGCCUGUUGGAACAUACAGCAGAAAGUAGAUUCUUUACAGCAGAUAAUAUAACAGUUUCAUGUUACAAAGCACUAAGCAAGCAAUAAGCAGUCGUCUGUGUAUCACUCUCACUCUUUAUUAUCUAGUGAAUAGGCACACCUUACUGUAUUGUCUAUUCACAUCUAUUCUGCUGGGAACUGCAAGGACCUAGAGCACUUAAAACAGUUGUAUUUUGGAUGACAGAUGAACCCUUGUUCAAGGUUUUUAUUAGCAAGAAGACUUCUAAUGAUGCUCUUCAGCAAAAACCGCAUUAUGCUACUUCAAUUAUCAAUCCAAAUUAAGUAUGUAAGACUGUGCCCAUUAUUUUGUAAGUUAUUUCUAUCUCUUGAGAACUGUCUGUGAAGGAUGCCUGUGUUAUGCAUAAUUAACUUCUCUGUAACAGACCUCAUUAAUUAUUAUUAAUCAAAAUCAUUGUUGGAAAAAUAAAAUAUUUUUUGCAAUUUA